GCAGCUGAGAAUGGAGCAACGGGUGUUGAGCUGGAUCUUGAAUUUACUGCAGAUGGUGUUCCCAUUCUUAUGCAUGAUCAAACAGUAGAAAGGACAACUGAUGGGUCUGGAAGAUUGUCUGACUUGACUUUUGAUGAAAUUAGGAGACUUAAUCCAUCUGCAAAACAUAGGCUGUGGAGAAGAUUCCAAGGUGAGAAGGUACCAACUCUGAGAGAAGCUGUGGUGGAGUCCAUGCGUCACAAUCUUAUAAUCUACUUCGAUGUCAAAGGCAAUGCAAAUCAGGCAGUUGACGCCCUGAAACAAGUCUACCUGGAAUUUCCGCAAUUGUAUAACAACAGCGUAGUCUGUUCUUUCAUGCCAGAUGUUGUUUAUAAGAUGAGACGAGCUGACAGAAACGUUGUGACAGCACUAACACACAGGCCUUGGCUGCUGAGUCAUUUUGGAGAUGGAACACCCCUUUUCCAUUCCUUCUGGAAACAUCAUUUGUAUAUGAUGAUGGAUGUCAUUGUGGAUUGGAGCCUACACAGUUUCUUGUGGCGAUUGUGUGGGGUUUCAGCUUUCCUCGUACAGAAAAAUUUUGUUUCUCAGGAGUACGUGAGGUACUGGUCUUCAAAAGGAAUUCAUGUGGUUGCCUGGACAGUGAAUACAUUUGCUGAAAAAAAGUACUACGAAACUGUCCUUGAAUCCAGCUACAUCACCGACAGCUUGGUGGAAGACUGUGAUCCUCAUUACUAGACUUGUGCUGUGCAGACAAUCCCCAACCUCAAUAAGCUGUUCUUAACUCGGGCAGGUCUGAGUUCACCA